CAUAACAAAAACAGAAAAAAGUUAAAAAUUAAAAAAUAAAAACAAAAACAAAAACAAACCAGAAAAAAACACAUUUGCAAUUGUGUUAAGCCAUAGACAACAAAGGCCAUUAAUGGCCAGCACCGAUACAAACAAGAGGCUCUUAUUCUUCAAUUUCCAUAUCCGGUUUUUAUUUUUUUGAACUGGUGGUUUGUGAAGACAUUUGGCUCGGAAAUCUCAACUGGGUGUCUGUGUUUCUUGGCGUAAUAUUCAAAGAAAGAUUGACGGUAGAAUAAUUUGGGAGUGGAUGAUGGUGUGUUAAAUCUUAUUUGCUGAGCAACAUUGUUGGAUUUGAGUCCUCAAUGGCUCCUGGAGCCGGUACUUGCAAGGAAGUUCUUGAGUCCCACCAUUCAAUUUCAGAUUAUGACAUCACAAUGUCAAAAUCAGAGUCUACUAGUACGGUUACUAAGCCAAGCCCUAUUUUGGGAGGAAAACAUGGACUUUAUUCAACCAAUGGCAUGCAUUAUUCAACCAACGGUGUGCAUGAGCUACUUGAGUGCCCAGUCUGUACUAGUUUGAUGUACCCCCCAAUUCAUCAGUGUCCAAAUGGCCACACUUUAUGCUCAAACUGCAAGAUUAGGGUGCACAACUGUUGCCCAACUUGCCGCUAUGAUCUUGGAAAUAUAAGAUGUUUGGCUUUGGAGAAAGUUGCUGAAUCAUUGGAACUCCCCUGCAGAUACCAGAGUUUAGGUUGUCAUGAUAUCUUUCCGUACUACGGCAAACUUAAGCAUGAGCAACACUGUCGGUUUCGUCCAUAUAACUGCCCAUAUGCCGGAUCUGAGUGCUCUGUUACAGGUGACAUCCCAACCCUUGUUGCACACCUGAAGGAUGAUCACAAGGUUGACAUGCAUGAUGGAUGCACCUUCAACCAUCGAUACGUCAAAUCAAAUCCACAUGAGGUUGAAAAUGCAACUUGGAUGCUAACGGUCUUCAACUGUUUUGGAAGACAGUUUUGUUUGCAUUUUGAGGCUUUUCAGCUUGGUAUGGCUCCGGUCUACAUGGCCUUUUUACGAUUCAUGGGAGAUGAUAAUGAUGCGAAGAAAUUCAGCUAUAGUUUGGAAGUAGGUGCUAAUGGUCGGAAGUUAAUGUGGCAAGGAAUUCCAAGGAGCAUCCGCGAUAGUCAUAGGAAAGUCCGUGACAGCCAGGAUGGACUCAUUAUUCAGAGGAAUCUGGCUCUGUAUUUUUCUGGUGGUGAUAGGCAAGAACUUAAGUUAAGGGUUACAGGCCGGAUAUGGAAAGAAGAGUGAGAAAGAGAGAGAAUCGGAAAGAUGGUAGAUGUUUAGGAGCAUGUACAGUUAACAAAAAACUAUGAAGAGAUUGGCUGGUUUUUUCUUUUUUGUUUAUUUUUGUGUUGUGGUGAUUGGGUGUUGAGGGUAUUUUUUAACUAAUAUCUCUAUCUGCUGACUGCAUUCCCCAGUGAGAACUCUGUCUGAAGUGUUGGGAAUGAAAAAUUCAAAUGGAUCAAUUGUGUUUAUGAGAAA